AUGAAAUACCACACACAUGAAAGAGUUGAAAUACUCAGCCGCAAAACAGAACUCACCCGUAUCGUGGAACCAGUUGACAGGAUGAGUUCUCCACUAUCGGUGGCACACAGGCCUGUAAUACGGCGGAAAUUUCGGGGCUCAGGGGAAAAGAGUGUAGAGGCAGGGUGCGAAGACCUGUCACCAGACUGCUCUGCUGUGCGAGGCGUUGUAAGGGAUCCCGAAAGGCUGGGUUCGUUGGAAGAACUAGCCUGGACGCCCACUCCGACGAACGGCCGAGUAGAGCCCGUGACCGGGUUGCAAAGAAACACGCAACCAGCCCCAUUGUCAGCCACGUACAGAGAGCCCGUCAAAGGACACCGACACGUGCUCGUGGGUUCGAUGAACAGUGAACUGUGGAUUGACUGUACAACCUGUUACAACGACCAAAAUCGAACUAUCAGCUUAGUCUCCCUAGAGCUAAAAGUAGCGAGGGGCGAGAUAGCUCAAGUGGCUAGAGCGCGAAUUUACCGACCGGAAGGUCCGUGGUUCGAACCCGACCUCCAAGUCCCGAAUUUAUCUGUCUGGGCUUGGGUAACUUCCCCAGUGCUUUCUUCGGGUGGCAUGGCAGCUAGGCACAAAAAUGGUGCUACAGUUGAACGAUUAACUGCCAUAAGGCGGACAGAUCAAAUCCAGAAGAGCGUCACUGGACUCAAGAGAUUGAUCAAGGAGGUAGACGCGCUUCGAUCGCCAGUUGACAAUCCAGAGACCUUCAGGAGACCAGGCGAUCCCGGUGGCGGCCUGGCCGACCAAGGGGGCGCCAACCAAGGUGGUGUGUAA